AUGGAUACUAACAACUCAUUGUUUGGUGAUGAGUUCUUGCAGGGAAACGUUAAGAUCAUUAGUGUUCAGAUCUUAAUAUUACUUUUUCUUUGCAUCAAUUUGUUGCUUAUUAUAACUUUUUUAAAAAAGGAAUGUUUUCAUGCUACUGCACGUUAUUUGCUAUUUGCUGUUACACUAUUCUCAGAUAGCUUGGUGUUAAUUAUGUCUGAUAUCCUUGUCAUCGUGGUCUAUUUCAAUAUCACCAUGCCUGUGGUGAUUUGCAUCUUUAUCUCUGCUCUGGUGCUUGUGUAUAUUACAGUCACACCAGUAACGCUAACAGCAAUGACCCUGGAGCGUUAUGUGGCCAUUUGUAUGCCCCUGCACCAUGGAAAGCUGUGCUCCACACGCAGUUCUGUGCAUUGUAUCCUCAUCAUUCAUGGCCUCAGCUUCAUACCCUGCUUUAUUAUUUUUGCCACCUUUUUUGCAUCAGCCUCUCUUAGCUUCUAUAAACAGUAUUAUAUAUGUUCAGUUGAGAUGUUUACCUUUGACAGGUGGCAGAGUCAUCUUAGGACAGCUAUUUAUCAAAUCCAAUUCUUGAUUAUGUGCAUCAUCCUUGUUUUUGCAUAUGUUAAAAUACUGAUAGUGGCCAAAGCUGCAUCAGGAGAGAAUAAAAGGUUGACAAGAAAAGGCCUGCAAACAGUUGUUCUUCAUGGUUUCCAGCUGCUGCUAUGCCUUCUCCAGCUCUGGUGUCCAUUCAUCGAAGUUACGAUACUCAAUUAUAGUUUAUUUAAAGUUAUCAGAUACAUUAAUUACAUAAUGUUUUAUCUUGCUCCAAAAUGUCUGAGUCCUCUAAUUUAUGGCCUUAGAGAUGAGACUUUUUUUAAUGCACUAAAAUAUUAUAUGUCCACCAGCUUGUGUAAAAGAAAGAACCCCGUGGUGGACACCUGGAAACACAAAGCAGAGGAGACAGGAAUCAAGGCCAACGUGGUCAUCCCUGGACCACCAGGAGCUGAAGCAGAUGCAGUCAUCAGCGGAUCGCCGGGAACCGAGGCAGGUGUUGUUGUCAGCGGACCGCCAGCAGUCCUCUUGGGUCCACCACAGGAAACAGGAUUUUUCAGACCAGUUAGGAAAAAGUUUGGCCAGAGGGAGCUACAGAAGCCCUGCAAGUGGAAUAUGUUCAAACAGGCUUCAACAUAUCACAGUCACACCAACCUACAGGAGUACACAGAGACUGGGACCCCAACAUCCCUCACAUCAGACUUCUGCCAUCAGGGAGGAGGCUACGCAGCCUCAAAGCCAGGAACAGUAGAGGGACUGAGGGAUAGCUUCAUCCUUCAGGCUCUAAGGAGGCUGAAGGAUGAAUGA